UUUGUCGGCCAAUAUUUUUGUAGGCUAUUAUUGUACAACUUUUUUCGGGUUUUUUGAACAUAAAUAACUUUUGAACUAUUUGCUCCAUACAUUGUCCAGUCAUAAAUUUAGUGUUGGCCCGGAUUUACCAGGCAUUACUCAAGUUAUCAUGUCGAAAAUGGCGUCGAAACAGCAGUUGAAGGGGAUGAAGAAAGUCAUACAAAAGGUGGUACAUGGAAACCUCGUCAAAAUUUAUAUUCCCGCAGGCAUGGCCUCAACAGGACCUCCGCUCGGACCACAGCUUGGACAAAGAGGCAUUAAUAUUGCUGCCUUUUGCAAGGACUUUAAUGAGAGGACGAAGGAUAUGAAAGAAGGGAUUCCUUUGCCUUGUCGAAUCACAGUCAACUCUGAUAGAUCGUACGAGCUAGUAAUUCACAAUCCUCCAGUGACAUUUUUUUUAAAACAAGCAGCCGGCGUUCAGAGAGGGGUAAUGAAAAUGGGUCACGAAAUAUGCGGUAAAUUGACCCUAAAGCACAUUUAUGAAAUUGCCAAAAUUAAACAACAAGAUCCGACAUUGAGGUUUUUGCCUUUGGAAAGGAUUUGUAAUAAUGUAAUUUCAACUGCCCACACUUGUGGAAUACAGGUCGUUCGAUCCCUCGAUCCAAAGGAGUAUGCAGAAUUUCUUGAAGAAAGGAAGCUAGUCGUAAUACAACAAUUACAGGAGAUUAAAGAAAAGCGUGAAGCAAAAUUGCUUCGUUAAUAUGCUUGUCACUUUUGUUAAACGUUUGAUUAGUAUCCAAUAAUAUUAAUAUAUUAUCAAUGGUAGUCGUAAAUUAAUUUGUAUGUAUAGAUUUUUCAAUAAUGGACAUGCUAUAUGGGAUUAUCUGAUGAGUCAAUAAACAUCAAUAAGCUAUGAA